AUGGCCUACAAGAGAAAAGCGGACCUUCCAGUGGGAGAUGUGAAUGAUCUUAUGGAGGUGACGCCCUUGGGCGCAGGCAGUGAAGUCGGAAGGUCUUGCCACGUCCUCAAGUACAAGGGCAAGACCGUUUUGUUGGAUUGCGGUAUUCAUCCUGGCCAAAGCGGCAUCUCUGGACUCCCCUUUUUUGAUGAGGUCGACCCGGCCUCGAUCGAUGUGCUUUUGAUUACACACUUCCACUUGGACCACGCCGCAGGAUUACCAUACUUCACAGAGAGGACCUCUUUCAAAGGACGCGUUUUCAUGACACAUCCAACGAAAGCCAUCUUCAAAUGGCUUCUUUCGGACUAUGUCAAAGUCAGCAACGUCGGCUCGAACGAAAUGCUGUACGACGAAGCCCAGCUGGCUGCCUGCUACGAAAAGAUUGAGACAGUGGAUUACCAUCAGGAAAUGAAUGUGGAUGGUAUCAAAUUCACGGGAUAUAAUGCCGGACACGUUUUGGGCGCAGCCAUGUUCUUGAUCGAGAUUGCCGGUAUCAAGAUUCUGUACACUGGAGACUACUCCCGUGAGGAGGAUCGCCAUUUGAUGGCAGCGGAAAAGCCCACAAAUGUGCAAACCGACGUUCUGAUUUGCGAGUCUACAUAUGGUGUCCAAAGCCAUGAGCCUAGGAUCGAUCGUGAGCGCCGAUUCACCAGCACUGUGCAUGAUAUCGUCCAGCGAGGAGGACGGUGUCUUUUGCCAGUAUUCGCAUUGGGUCAGGCACAGGAGCUGCUGCUGAUGUUGGACGAGUACUGGGCAGCGCAUCCGGAACUGGAGUCGAUUCCUGUUUACUAUGCGUCCUCGCUGGCAAAAAAAUGCAUGACCGUCUAUCAGACAUACAUCAACAUGAUGAACUCGAAGAUCAGGAAGCAGUUCGCAGUGUCAAAUCCCUUUGUGUUCAAGCAUAUUUCGCAUCUUAAAAACAUGGAUAUGUUUGACGAUACAGGCCCAUGCGUCAUGAUGGCCAGUCCUGGAAUGCUCCAGAACGGGCUCUCUCGCGAGUUGUUUGAGCGCUGGUGCACGGAUAAGAAGAACGGGUUGCUGAUUACGGGAUACUGCGUGGAGAACACGCUGGCCAAGGACGUGAUGAACGAACCCGACGAGAUUCAGACCAUGAACGGACAAAAACUUAAGCUGAGGAUGUCGGUCGAUUAUAUCUCAUUUUCAGCUCAUGUUGACUAUACUCAGAACAGUGCAUUUAUCGAUGAGGUCAAGGCGCCAUACUUGAUUCUGGUGCAUGGCGAAACGAACGCGAUGGGGCGCCUGAAGAGCGCGCUUAUGAGCAAGUACUCUGAAAGGGAUGAGGAUAUUCACAUCUUCACUCCCAAGAACACUGAAACCGUCAAGCUGUACUUCCGAGGCGAGAAACUGGCCAGGACCAUCGGCCAAAUGGCGGCUACAUUCCCCGAAAAGGAGAAACUGGUAUCCGGAGUUCUUGUCGUGAAGGACUUUCAGUACACGAUCAUGGAUACCUCUGACCUGGAGGAAUUUGUGGGACUGCAGACAACAUCUGUACUUCAACGACAGGUUGUUCCAUAUCACGCAUCUUUUGGUCUGCUGAAGUACCAUCUUCGACAAAUGUUUGGCAAGAUUCAGGAACUGGAGCGCGAUAUCAAUAAGAUGGAGAGCGUCAGGAUAUUCGAUACCGUGGAUGUCAAGGAAUUCAACGUGAAUCAUGUCUUGCUUGAAUGGACCGGAAACUCUGUCAAUGAUAUGGUCGCUGACUCUGUCUUGGCCGUGAUCCUCAGCAUCGAGUCCAGCCCGGCCUCCGUAAAGUUGACAAAGUCGGAUCACACUCACUCGCACUCGCACGGCCAGCCUCAUAGUCACUCUUCCUCCGAGGGCGACGAAGGAUUAUCAGUCGAUGAUAUUCUCCUCGUCGAACACCUAGUCAUGUUCUUUGCCAGCCAAUUUGGCGUCGAGAACGUAGAGCAGAACGAGAAGGGGCGAACGGUUGAGAUCACAAUGGACGGUGUCCAGGCAACGAUUGACUGCGUCCAUUUCACGGUCAGGUGUGAGGCAGAUGCGCUGCGACACCGGGCACAGAACGUACUGGAGCGCGCCGUCCGAACCUGUGUGCAGUAG